CCGUAAGUCUGGGCUGGACACUAUUCCGAGAGAGAUUGACUUCAAAAUAUCGAAGCCUGCGCAGUAACGAUGAUCGCCUUGUAUUUCCCGCCCUGGUUGUCGUGACGUGCUACGUUUCCUAGGAAAAGCGGAACGCCGAGUCGGAAUUUCUAGGCAAUCUGGAUCGGCCGUUCCACAUUUCCCCGUUAUUGAUUACCCAUUACACCGGCUCUUGUGUGUUUUGCGUAGCAUAAACAACCUCUUUCUGAUCUCUGUCGUGACUCUGUCGCGUCAAUUUGAGCGAUAAGGCCAUUGGGACGUAACAGACGUGAACUGUGGGUACAAACUUGGGUACGUAGUAGGAUAUCGACUAGACGUGUUCUGUGUCGGUUUUGUGGUAUAUGCACUUACCGAAUGGUUUGGUUUGCACCUCCCUAAUACUUCCUAGAAUGUGCGUCGUUUAGGGAAUGACCGACGCAAAGAGGAAGUGGUGGUACUGAGAGCAGGAAUUGAAGGAAAAGCAGCACUGCAUCAAGUUACUUGAACGACGAAUGAGGAUGGAAGGGAAUUGGAAAGUUGAGGCAAUUCAAGCUAGUGAUGAAAAGACCUUGUUUACACAGGAUUUGCUAUAAUAAUUUUAAAAGAUUUUUUAAGUUGUUAGAGUAUGCUGCCAGUUCACUUAAUUAAAUACUGGUCAAAGAGAUAUACAGCAUUUGCAGACAGCCAAUCAAGGAAAUAAUGUUCUCUUUCACCUUGAAUGACUUGUUCCUAACUAUGGUUUGUCUUCCUCUCAGCCUAGAGAAUCUGAGAUGAAAGACCAGACCUCUCUCUUGUUCAAAACAUUCUAGCACCUGAAUCAACUUUAUUAUUAUUUGAAUGACAUUGACUGGUUGUGCCAAGGAAUACUCUACGUUGAAGUCUACCACAAUAAUUAUUGUUUCGAGAGAUUUCUUGAGAAAUGACCUGCAUCAUUGAAGCAAAGGAAAUAUUGACAGAACGUCCUUCAGGUAUGUGUUUGCAGUUUUUAGACACCACCACACUGUCUAAGUUAGUAAGCAUUGGUUGCAAUAUCUCCAUCUGCUCAUGUCAUGUUUGUAUCACAACUAUUUACUGGUGGCAUAUCAGACAGGAACUUACCAAGCAGUCUAUUUAGAAAUAAAGUUUUCUUAGUACAGCACAAUUAAUGUUAAUGAUAUCAAUUAUUGUUUGUACAUGUCAAUAUAUUGGCUCUUACUAUCAUUCUGGUCUACUGUGCCACAUGCUCCAGGAGACAACACACUGCUACUUGCUAUUCAAUAUUCAACUUCAUAUUAUGGUGUAGUAAUAAUACUCAAUUACUCACAGCAAUUUACCUAGCUGGUAUAGCUACUAAUUAGACUACGUUGCACGUCCAACACAUGUACACAUGUACGCAAAACACGUAUCCGUCGCAAGUUUGUAGCCACAGUUCACGUCUGUCGAGUCUAAAUGUUACAUCAUCACUCAGCAGAGUCACGACAGAUCAUUACCGGACAUCCCGAGGUUCACGUGCAGAGUCGUUUAUAUUUAUAAUGCUACUUGAGAAGGUUGGUGCUUCUCGGACCGUGGGAAGGAAAAGGAAAACGAAGGAUGGCAGUGCGUUGGCAAUCAGCGUGAUAGGUCUGUCUUCUGGAGCUCGAGGAUGCGACGUCAACUCUGGAGUUGGAAAAUCCAGCUUCUGUUCUCGCUUUGUACGUCCGUCAUUUGACAGUUACGAAGCAGUGAAAAACAGCCUUUGUUCCUACAUUAGUGAACAAGAUUUUGCCCACUCUGUCAUCAACAACAGCCAUUUCCUCUACUAUCCGCCCGUCCGUCUACCAUUGGAGAAGGACACCAAAGUUUCAUACGUCACCUUUCAUAUCACAGAGCACACAGUCUUUACAAACGACGCCACAUUUAAGCCUUUCCAAGGUGCUGAGAGGUACGUUGAGAGAGCUACACAACAAUUCAUUCGAUCAGAUGGGAAAAUGGCGUUUACAAGCAGAGAUCGUAUUGGUGAUGACAGUUAUGAAACGGAGACAUUUCCAUCUGAAGUUUUUCGAAAUGUUGGAGUGAAGGGAUUUGUAUGUGUUUAUGACCCCACCUUGGAAGGUCAAAGAAAAUAUGAUCAGGAGACCUUGGUGUGUCAGCUUAUCAAGAGAAUCAAAGCAAAAGUGAAAGCCGCAAUUGUUUUGGUAGUUGUAAAGAGUGACCUUCUAUCCAGCGGACAAGCAAUGAAUCACGUUGCAGGAGCAAAGCUUAUAGCCCAACAAUUCAAAAUUCCAUUGAUUUUUGCUUCAGCUCAUAGUAAUGUCAAUGUGAGAGAGUCGUUUACUGUUCUUGCAAAGAUGGUACUGCACAAAGAGCUUAUAGGAAGAGUGCAAAUGAAAACACUAACUGACUAUGCAGAGGCUGAUGAAGAGCACAUCCAAAAAUCACUGCAGAUACAGAAAGACUAUGGAAUACUGUUGUGUAGCUUCAUACGGAAUUUAGAGUUAACCUGGUCAACUCUUGAACCAAAACUGAAAGGUCGUGUGGCUUUUGACCAAUUUGUGCAUACAUUUGGCAAAAACAAUGCUAAAGUGGUAUUCCAAACAAGAAUUCUGCAAGUUGCAGUGGAAGAAUGGAACAAGAAAUGGGGAGUUGCAAAUAAUUCGGCCGAUAAGGAUAUGGCAAGAGCAAUAAAGCAAGAAGUGCUAACAGAAAUGUUACAUAAUCAUGAAGACUUUAGCCAGAUUGGUGAGUCUGACUAUGACUUUAUACCAUUGUUAGAAGACAAGUUACCGUCUUCCAAUGAGUAUCAGAGUGUGUCUGAUCUACAGGGGCACUCCUUGAUAGGGAAGGGGACUGUUAAAAUGACAUCUGCUAUAUCCCAUUCAAUUCCAUCUGAGAAUGGUGCUGUUGCACAAGCCUUUGUUGGGGACAGUCUUCUGCCUACUAAGUCUUCUUCAGAGGAUGAGUUCGCCUAUGAGUCUCCACAAUCAGAUGAUGAUCUUGAAUAUGAAGACGCAUAUUCAGACAGUGAGCAUGAUUAUGAAGUAGUGGGAGAAGUUGAUGGAUGCCACCACAACCCUAAUACAGUAGCAUCAGACCGUGAUAGUGACUGUCAAGAGUGGAGCAAUACAUAAAUUUAAUUAAAAUAUAACAAGAUGGUUACAAAACCAUUCUAAGAAAAAUUUAGAAACAGAAUAGGCUAGAAGUAUAAAUCCCAACAUU